UCGUACUGGGUGAUACCGAGGCAGGUUCAGAUGUUUUAUCCGCGGUUAACUAAUAGAGAAGGAAACUCCUUGUAGCGAAGACACGAUAACUUUGAGAGAAGAUAUGAAACAUUCCAGACACACCAACAGCAUAAUUUAGUGGCAAAAAGGCUUUCUACGUGUCAUCCGGGGGAAACGUAUCAUUCUGUCCCUCGCCGUAAGGAGAAAUUUAUAAUGGAGGACAAAACCGAAGAAAAACAUGCGACCCUUAUGGAUUUAUUCCCUGCGAACUCCGACACAGAUUCAUCACGAGAAAAGCCAGGAACGAUUUGUGCUUUCUUUGUUUUCGGCUUCUUGAUCUACGCAACCUACUCAUUGAUAAUAUCAGGCGCUCAAGACAUCCUGGCUGGGACCUUUGUGCCAACAUCAGCCGUGCUGGUUGCCAAUGUCGGGCCUUAUUUUAUCAUAACUGUUGUAGCACCAUACUUCAUUCAAAAGAUCGCAUAUUUCCCGCGCAUACUGGCCAUAUUUUUCCUUAUGGUUACCGGACUUACAAUGGUAGUUUCCGCUAAACGCGUUGGGGUGAGGUUGUUGGGAAUUUCUCUCUCCUCGUUUGGAUUUGGUUUGGGAGAAUUAUCUUUUAUUGCAAUGACGUCCUUCUAUCAUGGAACAGCUGUUAGCGCCUUCUCAGCUGGUACAGGAACUGGUAUAUCAAUGGCACCGCUCUAUUACACAGCUAUGACAACGUGGGCUUGCGUUUCUCCUUCCGUAACCAUCUCCAUUAUGGCUGUCAGUUUGGUUUUCUUGCUGAUUUUCUACGCUCUGAUGGAGAGAAAGCAUACCCAGGAUGGUCAAGCUGCGGCAAAGGGAAUCACCCGCAAAGACAUUCAAUAUUCACCAAUUGAGGAAGAAGAACAAGACAUAAACCCUGGUGAUGAUCUUUUAACAUGGAAGGAAAAAUGCACAGCAAUCAAAAAAGUUUGGCCGAUUAUCGCUUCCAUAAUCAGCGCGUGGAUCGCUGAAUAUUUGAUAAUUCAAUCGGUCGUUACUACAAUAGCGUUUCCGAGCGCUCCUUUUCCACCUCGGGACCAUUAUCAAUAUUAUAUCUUCGUCUUCUUGUUCGGAGAACUGUUCGGUAGAUCCUACUUAAUCUUUCUCUCCUAUCUUCUGCCGAACUUGGCCCAAAAGCUUACAGUGCGUAGAAUAUGGUUCCUCUCAGCGGCGGAGAUUUCUCUUUUAGUUUUCUUUUUGCUUGCAGCCUGGUACCGCUUUUUGACUGAUGUUACGAUAGUGUUAAUUCUCUCCUUCAUCGGAGGUAUCAUUAUAGGUAUCAUGUAUGUGAACAUGUUAUCAGUUUAUUCCGAGAUCGAGGACCCGAGAUCCCGAGAAUUCGUUCUCGGUUACGCUUCAGCUGCAACCGGCGCUGGUGCGAUCACCGCUGGCUUGUUAGGAUUAUUAAUUGAGCCUUGGCUGCGCAGUCAUUGUUUAAUAGUGGCCGUUCAUAACAGCUUUUGCUUCACUCGAUUGCAGGGUGGUGGAGUUUGUAAAUGAUGAGAUUUCACCACAACUUCAAGAAAAACAAUUUCUUUGUAGGGAUCCUCCUAUCGAGUUAGAAUUAAAUUUAUGGAUACAUUCUUCUAGUUUACUUUUACGAGUCUUGAAAGGAACACCCUUUCUUGUUCGAGUAUAGCGAAUUUAUGAAGAAUGUUGCUAUGCCUUUCCAUAAACGUGAGGUAUAUAUUAAAAUGUUAAUACUGUUUCUUUCUUGUUACGUGAAAAAGAGGAGGCUUGAACUUACAAACAAGCUAAAAGUGUAUGAUUUUGCUUUUUAAUGCAUGUUUAUCGUGUAAAUACAGCCACGUGUCUCUGAAUAAUGAGCGGCAAUAUUAGACCCGGGUUUGAUCCUGCCUGGUACAUGGAAAUGAUUACAUAAUUGGUGUAAGCUAUAGGUAACAAUGAUUUACUGAUCGAACAAAAUAAACGUCUUGUGAUGAUAUCCACCCCAUAG